GACCGAAGGUGGAAGGUGACCUCAAAGGGCCAAAGGUAGACAUUGAAGCUCCUGAUAUUGACAUUGAAGGCCCUGAAGGAAAAAUCAAGGGUCCUGGAUUCAAGAUGCCAACCAUUUCUGGACCAAAUAUCAAAAUGCCAAGUAUGGAUUUUAAUCUGAAAGGACCGAAGGUGGAAGGUGACCUCAAAGGGCCAAAGGUAGACAUUGAAGCUCCUGAUAUGAACAUUGAGGGCCCUGAAGGAAAAAUCAAGGGUCCCGGAUUCAAGAUGCCAACCAUUUCUGGACCCAACAUCAAAAUGCCCAAAUUUGGUUUGAAAGGUCCUAAAGUUGAAGGCCCAGAUGUAGAUGUGAAUCUACCCAAAGGCGAUAUUGAUAUCAAAGGGCCAAAGAUAGACAUUGACACACCUGAUAUUGACAUUGAAGGCCCUGAAAGAAAAAUCAAGGGUCCUGGAUUCAAGAUGCCAACCAUUUCUGGACCCAAUAUCAAAAUGCCAAGUAUGGAUUUUAAUCUGAAAGGACCGAAGGUGGAAGGUGACCUCAAAGGGCCAAAGGUAGACAUUGAAGCUCCUGAUAUGAACAUUGAGGGCCCUGAAGGAAAGAUCAAGGGUCCCGGAUUCAAGAUGCCAACCAUUUCUGGACCCAAUAUCAAAAUGCCAAGUAUGGAUUUUAAUCUGAAAGGACCGAAGGUGGAAGGUGACCUCAAAGGGCCAAAGGUAGACAUUGAAGCUCCUGAUAUGAAUAUUGAUUUGAGGGCCCUGAAGGGAAAAUCAAGG